CAUUGGCUGCCGUCCCCUUUGUGAGGCGAGCAGCUGCGGGCUCAGCUCCACAUUUGAAUGUAUCGAGGGGAGCGGCGAGGAACCAUUUCCAUGGGCCAGCUGUCUUCCCGGAGCCUGCCGCCGCCUCCUCCUCCUCCUCCAUCAUCAUCACCAUCAUCGCCGCCUCCACCGCCGCCGCCGCCGGAGCAGCCGAGCGCAACCUUCCCACCGUCGCCGGAGACGGCCGCCUCCAGCCGGGGCUAGCUAAGGAGGAGAAGAACCCCCCGAGCGGGCGAUCAAAGCCCCUCCGGGCACCGCCUCGCCUCGCCCGCUGCUCCCGCCUGCCCGCCGCCGCCUUCGCAGGAUGGUUUUGGUUCACGUCGGCUAUCUUGUUCUUCCAGUGUUCUCUGUGCGAAACAGAGGUGCUCCUUUUCAAAGGUCUCAGCAUCCUCAUGCUACCUCCUGCCGGCACUUCCACCUUGCCCCCCAGCCUCAGAUCUCAGCAGACUUCCCCCUGCCUCAUGCCGUCCAGCCUCACCUCACAGCCGCUCACCAGCACAAUAGCCCGCUUCACUCGUCGCUGCCAACUUUACCUACCCUGCCAUUCCAGGAUGUGACGGGACCUCCGUUCCUACCUCAAGCCCUUCACCAGCAAUAUCUUCUCCAGCAGCGGCUCCUUGAAGCUCAACACCGCAGGUUCAUAUCCCAUCCCAGGCGGACUCAGGAGCCCAUGUCUGUCCAACCUCAUCGGUUACAUCCAAGCUUUGAAUUUGGCCAUCAACUGCAGACUCCCCGCACAGUGGCACCCCAGCCUAGAUAUUUAGCGGAAGGAACAGACUGGUUUAGAGCGACUUUAUCGAAGGCGUUGAAUUUGGAAGCCGUUGAAGGACAUUGCUUUCAUUCAAAGCGAUUGCCGUGUAUGCAUCUCUUUCACCAAGUGUGUGUCGACCAGUGGCUGGCAACCAGUAAGAAAUGCCCCAUCUGCCGAGUGGACAUUGAAACACAACUCGGAUCGGACAGCUGAAAUGAACCGCCAUGCGGGGUGUGCGUGUGGGGGCGGCGGGUGGAGCUGCCCCCCGCUCCCCCGCUCUCUUUUCGUGGUCCUUACGGGACCUUUGCCGCAAAAUGUUUUGCCUUCUGAGCCAUUUGAGUGUUGUUGUGUUUUUUGAAGAAAGCCUGCAAAGCACAUUCACAGAUUAUUUAAUUCAAUCAAUCGAUCAAUAAAAAAAAAAAAAAGAGGAGGACAAGAGGAGGAAGAAGAAGAGGAAGGGCGACGACGAUGACGAAGAUGAUUUGAGGGUUAAAAUAUCUAAGCGUUAGGGAGGGAUCCGAGCUGCAUGCGUGGGCCGACGUGCAGAGGGAACACGGCUCGAACGCCCGGCGGGAAGCGCUAGUUGUGAAAAAUGAAGGUACUUAGUUGGCCUAAUGUUGGCCUUCCAAUCCUACUUCUCAAAAGGGUUGUAUAUAUAUAUAUACCUCUUGAAUAAGUAGACAUGCAUUAGGGGUUCCUUAGCUAUUUCUUACGGAGGUUGUCAGAGCAUGUGCGCUUCAAGGAUGUUGUAUUUUGAUGCCCCGUUAGCUUGUGAUGGAAAUGUCGCUGUUAUAUAAUCUGCACCAAACACUGCAUUGGGGGGGUAGGGUGUUUUUUUUUGUUUUGUUUUGUUUUGUUUUUUACAGUUUCGUUUUACCUUCUUUUUUGAGUUUUUGGGUUUGGCUGAAACAUGGUGAGAAGAAAAUAUAUUUCGCGAAUGAACGUGUCCCGGGAUAAUGUUGCAAGAAUCCAGUCCGGGUCAGUCACCCGGGACCAGAGUUUUAAUCUUCCGAGCUUUCGGACUCGUGCUACACUGCCAUCCUCUCUAUUGGAAUAUGGGCCACUCUGUGAGUCGUAUUUAUGUGGUGCCUUCCUAUUGGCUGAUUGAUGGCUGGCAAUUGGCUGUUAUUUUCUUGUGUUGCCAAGCUCCUAAGUAUUUGAUAAGCCGGUGAUAAAUCAGCAUUCCUGUUGACUGACCAAGGGCCCAUUAUCCAGGCUUCAAUUAUUUCUCUGGCUAUUUUUGUCCCUGCUCGACCAACAAUCAUAGUAGCUGCGAAACUGAAUGCAUUGCGAGUUUUGAGUUUAACUGAGUUCACUGCCAAUGUGAGGCUACCAAUGAGUUCGGGUCUCCUCGUCCUAAGCACUGUUCUUACAAUCUGGUGGUUAGCUUUUUCCCCGUCAGACCUACAUAGUCAUAGAAACAAUCUAUGCAGGGAAUUUAUUCCCAGAGAAGCCUUGGAAAAGGGCCCUUUGUCAGUCAACAGGAGUGCUGAUUUAACACCACCUUAGGAGCUGUGGGCUUGGCAGCACAAGAAAACAACAGCUAAUCACUGGUCAUCAACACACGAAUCAACCAAUUGAAGGCACCGCAUAAAUACAACUCAUAGAAUAGCCCGAAACACAUAUUUCAGCAGAGGGAAGCUACCUGAAGAUGAGCUCCAGCACAAGUCCGAAAACCCAGAAGAUUAAACCACUGGUCCAGGGGUGGUAUUCACUUACCUUCGCUACCGGUUCGCAAAUGUGAGCGCACGCACCUCCGCACGUGCGCAGAGCAUCAAAAACGGGACGUGAUGACGUCCGAGUGGGUGGGUGGAGCCUCCCUCAACUGCCGCUACCAAUUUACCCGAACCGGCUGAAUACCACCACUGCUCUGGUCCUGGUGACCGACCCAGAUUAAAUCUUGCAAAAUAUAUUUCCCUCUAAGGAAAGGGGGAGGGGGGCUACUAUUCUCUCUUUCCAUUGGUGAGAAGAGAAAAUACUGUAUUGUUUUCGUUCAAAAACUGUCCCCCUCCCCAACCUUCCCUGAGCAGCGUUUACUCACGUGGGAUCAAGUUUUGUGACGAGAGGGGGAGUUUGACGAAAAGGCAGAAAUAGAGAAUUGGAAAGAAAUUGGAGGAGAGAAUAAGAAUGGGAGAUUUUCUUCCUUGUAGAUAUGCUGGCGCUGGAUACUUUAUUUAGAGCGCGACAUUAGGACAAUGCUUGCUUCCAUUUUGAUUUCUCAGAACCCGUUCUCAGAAAGGAGGGGGCAAGUAAUUAUUUCAAUCUAUCUCUUUCUUAAAUAUUCUUCUUCCUCAUAAAGUGUUGUUUGUAACUUCUGGCCAUGUCCACAGACCACGGACUGAAGUCCAUGAGUUAUGGGCUGGGUCACACAUCACUCUAAACCAGGGGUAUCCAACCUUGACAACUUUAAAACCUAUGGACUUCAACUCCCAGAAUUCCCCAGCCAACCAUGUUUGCCUGGGGAAUUCUGGGAGUUGAAGUCCUCCACUCUUAAAAUCGCCAAGCUUGGACAACCCUUUCUCUAAACCAACUUUCCUCAAUCAAGCACUGGAAAUUUGGGGACCGUCAAUCCCAAUUUAAUGUUGGGUGAUGCCACUGUAAGCCAUAAUUGGGUUUUUUUUUUUUGUGUAGUGAUGAACCUAGCUACUGUGGUUGGUCAACCAAGGUUUAUGGCUUAGCAUGAGAUGUGCACCUGACCGAUUGUAGCUUAGUCAGUGGACUGUGGUGAAACAAAUCGUGGCUCAGCAUGAUGUAUGAACACAUAAUGUACCCAUUGGCCAUCUCUUAAUAACCAGAUAACAGCCAAAAAAGGGCUCUUUUUUUGCAUAUUCAUGACAAGCAAAAGGAAAUUUAAAUUACUGGAUGAGCUAUGUAGACUUUUAACACGCUUUUGAGGCUUUAGUCAUAGUUUCUUCUAUUGAAUGAAAACUAGUUGGAAGAUAAGUCUUGACUAUCAUCAUCUUCUUUUAAUGACCCCAGUUUGCGGGAUGGAGUCUGGGCAACUGAAUGGAGCUAGCAGAGUGUUUUAAUGGCCGGAUGCCUUUCCUGUCCCCACGGUGGAGUUUUGUCCAGCAGAUAUAUAUAUACUCAUUGUGCCCAGAGAGAGAAAUAUCUGCCUCUACCUAGGAUCAAACUCACAGCCUCCUGAUUGUGAGGGGAGAGCUCCACCUCUAGGCCACAGAACCACUCCAAGAUAAGUCUGACUAUGUUCCAUCAAAUUGUAGAUGACUCUUAAGUGACCACAUAGGUAGACUCUUCCAGGAUGAUCUGUCCCUGAGGUGGCUUUUUAGAACUUCUAGCAGUGAACUCACUGCCACUGUAAUUGAAUCUUUCUGAUAGACCAUGGACAAUGAAUAAGCACAAUGCCAGUUUUCCACCACUUCAAGAGAUUGAACCUUAACACCAUAUCCACCCUGCUUUUCUUCUUAUCGUAAACUCCUUGAUUUGCUCAAAGUGAAGCUGGAAAGAGUUUCUCGAAUCUCCUGAUCUUCCAGUGACGUUCUCCUUUCUUGAGAUCUUUCUUCCUCUUCUCUUCCAGAUACAGGCAGUCCUCGAUUUACGACCACAACUGAGCCCAAAAUGUUCUUGUUUCUAAGUGAGACAUUUGUUAAAUGAAUUUUGCAACAAUUUUGCUGUUGUAAGUCGAGGAGUACCUGUAUCUAUAACAGGACACUGGUGAUUAUAUGGUGAUCUGAGGAAUGUUUAGAAAAAGCAUUCAGAGGAUGAGUGACCCAAAAUCGAGAGGGGACUCUCUCCGCGUUGAUUUCUAAGGUGUAACGUAGAAAUGCGAGGGAAAACCAAAAGAUAGCUCACUGGGAAAUCUUUGCCACAAAGAGUUUGGACAAUCUGAGCAUUUUGGAAAGAGAGGAGGUGUCGGAUCAUUAAGGAAUGGUUGAAUAAUGCUUGAGAAAAAAGUCUUAAGGAAUAUAAAGUUGAACAGUAUUCUGUAGUGGCUCUAGAAACCUGAGAAUGAUUGCACAAGGGUAGUUAUUGUUAAUAAUUUUAGUAUGGUUUUGAAUCCUAAUAACGGCAUAAUCGAGAUUAUCUGGAUAAAUUGCAGCAGGAGAUGGUAUGAAGUCGAGCAUCUUGGUUCACACACAGUGGUUUGGUAGCUCAGAUUGUGGGCGCAUAGCCUAAUAAACAAAGCUGGAACACAACGAAUCAGCAGUUGAGAGGUUCCGGUGAUAUUUAGUCCUGCUUGUCUCUUGCCAAACAGACCAAUCGCAUUGAACUUCAUUUACUGUAUAACCCCCCCCCCCAAGAGACCUGUCUACUGUCUGAUGCAUACAAGCCAUGUUAAAGCCACGAUGAGGCUAGAUUGAUUCCAGCAUCAUGUGUUGGGUAAACUUGGCGAUUUUAUUUUGUAAGCCACGGUUUGUGAUGUAGCAUCUUGGACAAACCUACCCAAUUGUGGUUGACUUGAUCAACCAUUGUGAAAACCAAUCACCGUGUUGCUGUGUUUUAUGAACCAGGUCAGUGUGUAGCACCAGGCCCUACAAAACAUGAGUUUACCCCUGGCUAAAACAGUUUUGCAUGAGUAUCUAGAAUUCUUUUUAAGGAGAUUCUGGACAGUUCCUUGGGAGUCAAACGAAGGACUCACAUAUAUUUGUAAAUUAAGCUUCUUCCUGCCUCUAUCAUCUAGAUCUAUCAUCUAGAUCAUUAUCAUCUAGAUCAGACCUUCAACUCAGCUAUAACAAACUGUGGUUCAAUUCAUAUAAACAGUUUUAUGUGAAAAUGAAACAUACAGUGGUACCUCGGUACUCAUGGUUAAUUCGUUCUGGGAGUGCGAUGAGUACCAAAAUGAUGAGUACCAAAUUUUCCCCAUAAAGAAUAAUGUAGUGAAUCACAAGGCAGCUGACACCAACAAGUUCUAGUUUGUGUGUCGAGUACCAAACAAUGAGUACCAGGACAAGAUUUUCAGAUCAAAAUGCGCAUAGUACCAAAUUUGGUGAGUUUCAAAACAGUUGAGUACCGAGGUACCAUUGUAUAUAGAUUUCUGCCCCUGUCCAGUUUUAUCAUCAAAGUGGCUAAACUUGGCUAAAACGGCUUUAGGUAUUCAUUUCCUUCAAGGGUUCCAAGUGGUAGCACCAGACACCGAUGCUCAGGAAAAGCCACUACAAUAUCAGGUGCAUUGUGACAUCGUUGUGCAAAGAGUGCUCCAAAUUUCGUACUUUGCGUAAUUUGCUCUAAGAUAUCGUGGUGUGAUUCACCCCACUGCCCUCUUGCUCCCCAACCCAACAACACCCACAUAACCAGACUUUCUCCAAAGCUGAGAAGAACCUUAGCUCUGUUCUCUUCCUAGGUCAUUUCCACAUCAACACUCUACAACAGGGGUGUCAAACCUAAGGCUCGCAGGCUCAGGCGACAGUAAGUCUGGGCGUACUGCCAAGAACCUUUAGCUGUUACAAUGUAAUAACGGUUAACCCAGAGACAGUUUCUGUAAGCACGGCAAUAAAGAUUAGGCUAGAAACAACACCAGAAUGUUUCCUUCCUGCCUUCCUUAUAGGAUUAGUCCUGUAAAGUGAAAAAAAAUAAAAUAAAAGGAGAUUUCUUCCAACAACCGGUUCUCUGAACUGCGUAGAAAGUUAACAACUGGUUCUAGUGAAUAGGUGACAACCGAUUGAAUCCCAUCACUGCACGCGGCCCUCCCAAGCUCCGUUUUCACUGGCAGAGCGCUCAGGCCACCACAGGCUCCCCCGACAUGAAUGACAUCGAGCUGGCCAUGCCCACCCUGGCCACGCCCACCCAACACCCCAAGAUCAAACACAACCCAAUGAAAUCAAGUGUGACAUCCCUGCUCUACAACGGGUUCCCAACUCCUGGGCCGUGGCCCAUUCAAAACCAGGCUGAGGAACCUCCACUUGUAUGUGUAAUGGGCAGUUCCAUUUAUGUGAGCAGCAGACAUGUGUGCCCACCUCUUGUGCAAGUAGAGCUGCGCAUGCACUCGUCCACCAUUUGUGCAGAACCAUCCCCUCUCCCCUCCCAUACCAGUUUGCAAAGCCGGAACGAUUAGAGAUUGCUGCUCUACAAGACUUCCUAUCUCUGUAGUUCAUUCUAUUAAUUGCCAGGCUGGACCAUUAAAAAAUGCAGAUGGGGUACAGGGCCCCUCACAAACACACCAAGACUUUUCUUUGUUUCCCAUUGUAGUGACUGUGUAGGUGACAAUAGCAACCCCAAAAUUAUCCCGGUAGGAACUGAGCAUUGCUUUUCACUCUUAUGGCCAUUGCACCAUCCCCAUGAUCAUAUGGUCAACAUUUGGACACUUGGCAACUGACUCACAUUCAUGACAGUUGUAGUGUCCUGGGGGGGACAUGUGCCCCCCUUUUUGGACCUUUUUGAGAAGCAAAGUCAAUGUAAAAGCCAAAUUCACUUAACAACCAUAGUGCUCAUUUAACAACUGCAAGUGAUUCACUUAGCCACUGUGGUAAGAAAGGCUGUAAAAGAGGACAAAGCUCACUUAACAACUGUCUGGCUUACCAGUGGAAAAUUUGGGUCAAUUGUGGUUGCAAGUUGAGGACUACCUGUAGCUGUGCAACAGUAUACAGAGUGCAAAUAAAAACUCCUUGUAGAAAACUAGAUACUGGGCAGAAAAAUCUUGUGUUGUUGUUAGUUGCAAAGUCGUGUCCGACCCAUCGCGACCCCAUGGACGACUUUCCUCCAGGCCUUCCUGUCCUCUACCAUCCUCUGGAGUCCAUUUAAGCUCACUCCGACUGCUUCAGUGACUCCAUCCAGCCACCUCGUUCUCUGCUGUCCCCUUCUUCUUUUGCCCUCCAUCGUUCCCAGCAUUAGGCUUCUCAUCUCCAGGGAGUCCUUCCUUCUCAUUAGGUGGCCAAAGUAUUUGAGUUUCAUCUUCAGGAUCUGGCUUUCGAAAGAGCAGUCAGGGUUGAUCUCCUCUAGGACCGACCAGUUUGAUGGCCUUGCAGUCCAAGGGACUUGCAGGAGUCUUCUCCAGCACCAGAGUUCAAAGGCCUCCAUUCUUUGGCACUCAGCCAAAGUUUGAUUCCAUUUAUUGUUGUCUUCGCAUAGGAAUCAGACCUGCCAGUAUUUAAGCCUCUAAAUAGAAACGAUCCUUGGCUCCAUUUGUUGAGAAAGAUAUAAUUUUAUUAGAAGUCAAGUAUCUUGCAGUAAUGCAUAGCCAGAACUGAGCAUCGCACGCCAAAUUCAACUGGCUAAGUUCAACUUUUCCCUCCCUUAAAUGCCUCCCAUCGCUGACCACUCCCUGAUGAGCAAUCAGGUUCAAGCAGGAUGUUUUAUUUUUAUAGUUAUAAUGUACACUGAAGAUGGCAUUUAAUUUCGUUGUACGAGGUGCAAUGACAAUAAAGUAAACUUAACGUUUUCAGAACACUCCCUUCAAAUGUAGGUUGGUAUGCAGCUGCUUUCUUCUCCCAGCUGGGUGACCUUGAAGCAGCUCCUUGGGCAGAUACAGAAGUUACUUCCGCUUUCCCUCCUCUUCUCCACACACAUACACACACACCCCAAAUUCAUGGCAGAUUGUCACCGUGUAAUAGCGAAAGACACAAGCAAGCAUAAGGUGGCAGCUGACAAUAGGUUUUUGUGUUCGACCAGAGAAAGGUUGAUUUUUUUUUACUUCUUUCUUCAUCUUUUUAUUUGCUAAGAAUAGGCAUCUGUUCUUUUCUUAAGUGUGACUUUUUACACUACGUUAAGAAGUAACGAUAUCAACUCGCAGCUUUCUUUCCUCUUGAGAUUAGUACUUUUCUUUGAAUUGUUUCCUUGACGCGUUAGGAUCAAGAAAUUGGAAAAAAGUUGCAUGCUUUUUGAUUAAAAAAAAACAAAUAAUCCGAUAUUAUGGAUUAAAGUUCGUAUCCAGAAUUAACACGGUACAGGUAAUCCUCGAUUUACAACCACAGUUGGGGUCAAAAAUUUCUGUUGUCAAGCAAAGUGGUUGUUAAGGGAGUUGCCUCCAAUUUUACGACCUUUUAUCCCCAAGGUUGUUAAGCUGUAGUUUUUAAGUGAAUUUUGCAAUUGUUAAUUAAAUCCAGUGUCCAUUGAAUUUGCUUGUUGGAAGCUGGCUGGGAAGGGGGUCACCGGUGGAGAUCACAUGACCUCCAGAUGCUACAACUACAAUGGUAGUACAUGCAGGCUGCCAUGUACCUAAAUUUUGAUCAGGUGUAAGUGUUUUUUCUCUGGUGGGACCAAUCUAUCUCGGCAACCUGGUCUACCCAAUUGUGGGAUGGAGCAUACUGCUUCUGCUUCCGCUUUUGCCUUUCAGCCCCAAUCCGCGGGCCUUCGCAGGCAGUCGCUUUCGCGACAAACUAUUUUUGUGUUAAAUUUAUGUUUUACCCACAAAGAAAUAAAGGGAGAUUAGUAUAGAUCUAUUUCAAGCGAUUUAGCUCUCAGCAGCUAGCAAUAUCUUUCUGGGAUUUGUUCUUCCUUCUGGGAAGUAGCCUGGGUUCGAAACCCAGUAGAAUAUGGCUAGGUCAAGGCCCGUGGGCUGGAUCCGACCCGGGGUACUUAGAUCUGGCCCGCAGGGCCACCCUGAAAACAGUGAAGAAUCGCCCCCCCAGUGGUUCUACCAAAGAACAUGGGCUCCCGAGCUCUGUUUUCGGCUGCCACGACCUCCUGCAGCCCUCUGCCAGUGAAAACAGAGCUUGGGAGCCUGUUUUUGCUGGCAGAAGCACUUUGGGCCAGUCCUUCUGUCUCCGUUUUCACUGGCAGAGGGUUGCAGGAGGCUGGGACAGCUGAAAACGGAGCUUGGGAGCCUGUUUUUGCUGGCAGAAGCACUGUGGGCCAGUCCUUCUGUCUCCGUUUUCACUGGCAGAGGGUUGCAGGAGGCUGGGACAGCUGAAAACGGAGCUUGGGAGCCUGUUUUUGCUGGCAGAAGCACUGUGGGCCAGUCCUUCUGUCUCCGUUUUCACUGGCAGAGGGUUGCAGGAGGCUGGGACAGCUGAAAACGGAGCUUGGGAGCCUGUUUUUGCUGGCAGAAGCACUGUGGGCCAGUCCUUCUGUCUCCGUUUUCACUGGCAGAGGGUUGCAGGAGGCUGGGACAGCUGAAAACGGAGCUUGGGAGCCUGUUUUUGCUGGCAGAAGCACUGUGGGCCAGUCCUUCUGUCUCUGUUUUCACUGGAGAGGGUUGCAGGAGGCUGGGACAGCUGAAAACGGAGCUUGGGAGCCCGUUCUACUGACGGAGCUCUUGGGCUACCACAGGCGCCCCCGACAAGAGUAACAUUGAGGUGGCCACAUGGGUCAUACCCACCCCGGCCCCCAAAGGUCAAACGCGACCCUGAUUCGGCCCUCAAUGAAAUCGGGCUAGCUGAUGAGAGCUAAAUAGCUUGAAAUAGAUCUAUCCUAGCCUCCCUUUAUUUCUUUGUCGGUAAAACAUAAAUUUUUGAUCAGGUGGGGUUUUUUUUCCGAUGCUGCUGUAACUUCAAACAAGUGCUUGUGAGUCGAGGACUACCUGUAAUCAUUUCACAAUGCUUUCACAAUGAUGGUGAGCAACACACCCAUGUCACGGUGGCUUUGUCACGUCGAGGUUCGGCUUUUUCUCCUCCUAAGCCAGGAAGCAAGAUGCUGAAACCCAACUUCAGAAGUGCUGGUUAACCUUGGAUUAAAGCAGAUUUAUAGAAUCACAAGCAGAACCAUUUAUCCCACUCCUGCCCAAAUCUUUGUGCAUAUACAGGAAGUUCUCGGGUUAAGGUUGCGUCGUCUUGGUGAUCAGGUUUUGGAUGCUAGGAUAGUUUGCUAAUACUGUGCCAUCUGGAAGAAUCCUCAUUUUGUUACAGUUGAGGACAUCUCUUCAGUUUACUUUCUCUUCUUCCCUUCCCCUUUUAAGAUGUAGAUCCGGAGUGUCCAACCUUGGCCACUUUUAAGAGAGCCGUGGUGGCGCAGUGGUGAGAGUGCAGUACUGCAGGCUACUUCUGCUGCCUGCUGGCUGCCUGCAACUUGGCAGUUCAAAUUUCACCAUGCUCAAGGUUGACUCAGCCUUCCAUCCUUCCGAGGUGGGUAAAAUGAGGACCCAGAUUGUUGGGGGCAAUAGGCUGACUCUGUAAAACCGCUUAGAGAGAGAGCUGCAAAGCACUGCAAAGCGGUAUAUAAGUCUUAAGUGCUAUUGCUAAGACCUGUGGACUUCAACUCCCAGAAUCCCAGAAUCCCCAUGCUGGCAUCUCCAGCCAGUAUGGGAAUUCUGGGAGUUGAAGUCCACCGGUCUUAAAAGUGGCCAAGGUUGGACACCGUUGACGUAGAUCAUUGGAAGGUAGCCAUUGCUGAUUCUGACUGCUUUCUGCACCCUCGUGUUAUGGAUCCAAGAUGGCGAUACUCGCUUCUUCUUGUGAAGUGUUCAUCCUCAUCCUAGCUUAUAAACUCGACCAAAAAGUAUUUUGAUAUUAGCAGCUUUUUUUUCUUUUUUUUUAAUGUAGACUUUCUAAAAAUCUACAUUACUGCCCUCCCCAUGCAUGGAGAGGAGAUGAGAAGCCUCCUCAAAUCGUUGGAAGAUUCGGGACGGGUGGCAUGGCAGUAAAUUUAAAAACAGAAAACCCCCCCCCGCCAAAUAAGAGCUUUUUAAUCGCUUCUCUUAUGUGUUGCAUCUGAAACAGCUCAGAUGCGCUAGAGAUUCCGGAUCACAUCAAUUGAGGGCCUAAAAGCAGCUUUCCAAUUUAUCAGCCAGGAUUGUUUUCUUUCUUUCUUUUUUCUUUUUUUUUUUAAAAAAAUGCAAACUGCAGGAGGAGUGUGUGCGUGCGUGCGUGCAUGUAUGUAUGUGUGUGUGUAUAAAUACUGGAACCAACAGAAGGCUUUAACCCUUCCUGUAUUGCCGUGCCGUGGAGGUUAAUCUGAAUUUCCCCGCAAUUACUCAGCAUUGCAUUGGGUGGAGAGCAAAUGCCAGCUUCCAAAGAGAUCACAGCUGCAGAGGAGAAGGCUUCCAUCCUUCCUUCCUUCCUGCAUAGGGGACAAUUUGCAAAAAAAAAAAAAAAGAGAGAAAGAGAGAGAGAGGUCCUUGUGAUGUUUGACAUUUUGCCUGCUGUCUCCCUGCCGUUUCCCAGGGCGUUCAGACGCACUCUCCACGCAAUAAAUCUGUAUACAACGGCCCUUGUCACAAGACAGGAAGGCCAUGGUUUUCUUGGAAAAUCAAAAGAAAGAAAGAAAGAAAGAAAGAAAGAAAGAAAGAAAGAAAAAAAGAAAGAAAGAAAGAAAGAAAGAAAGAAAGAAAGAAAGAAAGAAAGAAAGAAAGAAAGAAAAGAUGAUGAAUGGGGAAAACCCAGGCGGAUUUGGGCCACACCAACGAAAGGCACCCAGGCGGUUAGGAAGGCGCUUAAAGCUUCUAAUCCAGGCGAUGAAACAUGUACGUGAAACGUUGGUCUGCGUGUUCUGUUUUUCUCUCCGUGUGCGUCCACAUCCACACACUUGUGCACUUAACGGAUCAAUAAUAAGCACAGCUUUUUCUUUUUUUAAAAAAAAAAUAAUACGGCGACGCAGAGCACCCGUUACUCAAAGAUUUGGGAGUUGCGAAUGUGUGAAGUGUGCUAAGCGAAAACUUGUGGGUCCCACGUCAGACAGUGUCACGUGUGAAUGGGGACACUGAAUGUUCUUUUUUUUAAAAAAAAAAAUACGUAUCUAGAAACAACAGCAACAACAACAAAAAUUAGUUUACAGGGUUUUGUGAGUUUAAAUGCCUUAUAUUUAACAAUCAUAAUUUAUGACUAACUUGUAGAUAUUUGUGGAUUCUUAUUUAAUUAUUUUUAUAGUUGGGUUGGAUUUUUUCCUUUGGCAUUUUUAAUUAUAAUUUAUUUAUUUAGAAACGAAUACUAAUUUUUUUAAUUGCUCCUCUAUUACCUCAUUAUAUAUAUAUAUAUAUAUUUUGGCAUAGUUUCUGGGAAUGGAAUGCUUUUGCAUGCGUUGGUACUUUUGAAGAAUGAUCAAACUGGUGGUGGACACAUUUACCAUUUCAAAAAGAAAACAAACGAAAAAAAAAUUAUUCAGGGUAUGUGAUGACAAACUGUAUUACUUGUGGUGCUGUUACCUUGGAGACAUUCCAUACAAAAAGAAAAAAAAAUGCAAACCUUUGAUUCUGUAUGCUGUGACAUAGUGGAAAUUUUGCAAUAUAGUGGCCGUGUUUUAGCAUACACAAACACACACACAUUAAAAGCAUAUAUAUAUAUAUAUAUAUAAAAUAUAGAUAUAUAUGAAUAUUAUUUGCACUCAUCAAGUGGUGAUGAUCCACUCACUAGCAAUCUUUUCUUUUCUUUUCUUUUCUUUUGUAUUGAGGGAAAAGUCGCAGUCCUCCAAACCAUUUAUCGGAAAUGGUGUAGGAUCUCCUGUUUGGGCAUUGGGGUUGGACUAGAUGACCUACAAGUUCCCUUCCAACUCUGUUAAUCUAUCUUGAAACCGAAGGAAAGCGUUUCAGUCUGAAAGCUUUGGAAUUAAAUUUACCCCAAACUCUGUUCUUUCCUCUGAGGAGUCGUUCACAAAAGCCAAGGCUUCCAUAAUGCAAAAUUCACGCAUAGCCAUGGUGUGGUAUGCCAUAGAAGAGGGGAAAAAAAAUCUUAGUUCACUGCACCAGAUCGUACUGGAAAUCCAAGUUUACUGGGGCAAACGGUUUCCUAAGACUCUGGAUGCGCCCGAGGAAAAUUUAAAGGGGAAAAAAAAAAUUAGUCCUUGCACAAAAUAUGAAUCCAAUCGCUUUCAUGGUAUACAGCCCAUGGAUGCUCUUCAGCAGGGGUGUCGAACUCGUGGCCCGUGGGCCCGGAUGCAUCACACACUGGCCACGCUCACCCCAUUUAGCGAAGGGGGUGGGGAAGUCACGAUACAUCACCUGCAGUGGUGGGAUUCAAGUAAUUUAACAACCGGUUCUCUGCCCUAAUGACUUCUUCCAACAACCAGUUUGCCAAAGUGCUCAGAAAGUUAACAACCGGUUCUCCCGAAGUGGUGCGAACCGGCUGAAUCCCACCACUGAUCACCUGACGACAACAACGUGACGUCACGAGUUUGACACCCCUGUGAGUCUUCAUGGGCUUCAGCUGCCUCAGCCUGGAAAGUAAGUAAGUUGAGUCUGCUUUAAGAAACCCCAUUCAGCAAAAUUAAUGCAACUCUUUUUAAAGGAGCGACCCCUUUUAUUUUCCAGGGUUACAAGGAAGUUGGAGAACUUUAGCUUAAUCUCCGGGGAUGAGUAGCACAGAUGGGUUUCCUUGGGCUGCUCAAAUGAGAUCUGAAGGACUUUUUCUAAGCGAUGCUCAAGCCUCCUGAUGUGGCUGGAUUAUUGUCCCAGAUCCUUCACCAGGCGGUAGAGAUUGAUUGGAGUAAUGUAUAGAAUCUAGUCAUCGUCUCCAACUUGGGUCCCCAUCAAGGAUCUGCAGCUUUCAUUUCCUCAAAGCUAAAUGCUCUUGUCCAGUUGGCUUGCUGAGGGCCACACUCCAACAGCGAGUAAAGCUGUAGGACUUCCCGCAUUAGGAGGGAAAGAAUGACAGGCGUUUUGAAAUGUGACAUGGAUUCCUUAAGCAACGGUACCCGUUUUGAUCUGACCCUAAUUUUUUUUUGAAAUUCAUCAAUGGGUGUGGGGAACCCUUAUGCAAGCUUCAAGAAGGCAUGCCUUUUCCCAUUGUUGAUACGAUCAGAGCUUUUAUCACACCAUCCAUCAAUUCAAUGAUGUUUGUCUGGAAAGCAGAAGUAUCCGCAUUUAUGGCUCCUACCGAGAUCGACUUGCAGCGAGAAAGAAUACCCAAAUUCCUCCACUCUUAACUCAUCUGCAACUUCCGCAUCGCAACAUUGUGCAUGGAAGAGACAAUGUCUUAAUGCAGAGGUGUCCAACCUUGGCCACUUUUAAGACUUGUGGACUUCAACUCCCAGA